AUGGCGGAGGCGGCGGUGAUCGGCAUGGCGAGGUCACUGCUGGGCAGUGCCAUUAGGGCGGCUGCUUCCGCCGCUGGCCAGGAGAUCACCAACCUCUUCGGUGUGCAAAAAGACAUCAGGUUCAUAGAAGAAGAGUUGACAACCAUGCAGGCAUUCCUGAGGGCUAUCGAGGUUACAAAGGACAAAUAUGAACUAGAGAAAGUAUGGGCAGAUAAAGUGAGGGAUCUAGCAUAUGACAUUGAAGAUUGCCUUGAAGAUUUUGCCAUGGUUGUGAAGCACCAAAGCCUCUCACAGAAGCUGAUGAAGCUCAGGCAUCGCCACCGAAUUGCUGUCAAGAUUCGGAGCCUCAAGCUAAGGGUCGAAGAAUUGAGCAGCAGAAAGAUGCGUUAUGAUGUUCCUUCUUCUAGUGGUACGGAUGACUUUUCAAGCAGCAUGGACAUUUGUCGACAUCAGGGUGCUCACUACGUUGAUGAAGCUGAUCUUGUUGGAUUUGCUGGCCCCAAAAAUAAGAUCCUGGAGAUGAUAUCAAGCAGUGAAAACGCAGAAUUUGAAACAAUAUGGAUAGUUGGAACUGGAGGUCUUGGCAAGACUACUCUUGCGAAGAAGGUCUAUGAAAGCUCAAAUAUCACAAGCGUGUUCCAUCGUGCUUGGGUCACUGUGUCGCAGUCCUUUGAUGUCAUGGAUUUACUGAAGGGUAUGAUCAAGCAACUCCUAGGGAAAGCUUCACUGGAUGGUCUCUUAGAAGAAUUUAAGGAGGUGAAGGUAAAGGAGAAUAACCUUAUGGAUCACCUGAAGGAAGGGCUCCGAAAUAAAAGGUAUUUUCUUGUUCUUGAUGACUUGUGGAGCAUAGAAGCAUGGGCUUGCAUCAAACCUACUUUAUGGGGCAAUAAUGGAGAAGCUAGCCGAGUUGUAGUAACAACAAGAAAUAAAGACCUAGCCAAAGGCAGUUCUAGCCCACUAGUCUACCACCUUCAGGCAUUACGUAGAGAAGAUGCUACGAAAUUAUUGCUGGCAAAAACCAAUAAAAGCAUGUCUGACAUAAAAAAAGAUGGGAUGAAUGAAACAUUUGAAAAGAUACUAAAGAAAUGUGGAGGUCUACCACUAGCUAUUGUCACAAUUGGUGGACUCCUAGCAGCCAGUGAUGUGAAAGAGUGGGAGGAAUUGUAUGCACAACUUCCUUCGGAACUUGAGAACAACCCAACCCUUGACGCAAUGAGGAAGGUGUUAGCCUUGAGUUUCAAAUAUUUGCCAUUUCAUCUUAAGCCAUGCUUUCUAUACCUAAGCAUCUUCCCAGAGGAUUUUGAGAUUCAAAAGAAACGUCUAGUGUAUAGAUGGAUUGCAGAAGGUUUUGCACCUAGGGAUGGGGUAAGCAUUGUGGAUGUUGCAAUCAAAUACUUUAAUGAGUUAAUCAACCGAAGCUUGAUUGAACCAUCAAGACUGAAAAUAGAUGGAACUAUCAAGAGCUGUCGAGUCCACGAUAUCAUGGUAUCAAUUUCUAGAGACGAAAAGUUUGUGUACUGGAUAGGUGAUAAAAGCCAGAGUCCAGCGGGGGGAAACAUCCGCCAUGUGGCAUACUACAAUAGCAACAGCUCGGAGGUAGCCAUGGAAUGGAACCGUGUCCGGCCAUUAACAGUGUUUGGUAAGAGACCCAAAGAUCUAGCACCUUUGCUUUGUUCAUCCCAACUAAGGAUGUUAAGAGUCAUGGAUGUUCAAGGAGUUAGAUUUGGAAUGACACAAAAAGAGAUGGACCAUAUAGGGUCGGCAGUCCACUUGAAAUAUAUGAAUAUCCAGUGUGAGCGUGAUGAUAUUAAUGUCCCUCACUUUGAUGGAUAUUCAAUUAUUUACAGAAUUCCAAGGUCUAUAGGGAAAUUACAAGGUUUAAGAGUUUUGGACAUAUCUAAUACUUACAUAGCAUCGCUGCCAACUAUGAUAUGUGAACUCCAAAGUCUCUGUGUCCUCCGUUGCACAAGAAAAGGAUACUACGAUUUCCUUGAUCCAUUUAAACCUAGAAAAUUAUGGUGCAUUCAUGUAAUGAAGUCUUUGGCUAAUUCCCAUAAGCUGUUCCAACCCUCGCCGGAGUAG